AUGAUGUGCUUACAAAAUAUAUCGAAAAUAAAAUCACCAUCGAAAGUUGAGUCUAACAAGAAAGAUAAUAAUACUAUAGGUAGCUUUUUCAGUACUCUAUAUAAUACAAAAAAUACAUCUCUCAAUAAAAAAGAUCUUGCUAAAUUUCUAGAAGAGUGUCGCAAACAAGGGGUGCCUGAAGAUUUUAAUAAGGGUUUUGGAUCUAACUUAAAUGGAGCCGAUUUUAGUCAGCUAUACUUAAAAGGCUCUAUUUUUUCUGGAGUAAGUUUAAUAGGUGCCAACUUUUCUAAUACUGACUUAUCUGAUGUGUCUUUUAUUAAUACAGAUCUGCGUGGGGCAAAUUUUUCUAAUGCUAAUUUAUCUAAUGUUGAUAUAAAAGAUACAGAUUUAAGUUUCGCAAAAUUUACUUCUACUAGAUUGGUAGAUGUCGCAUUUAAUAAAUCUGACGCUUGUUACGCUGAAUUUAGAGGCUCUGACUUAAGAAGGGUAAGUAUGAAUGAUGUAGUAGGUAUACACACAGACUUCUCAAAUGCAAAAAUGACUUUAUCUGACUUGUCAAAUUCAGACAUUAGCUAUGCAAAUUUUAAUAACAGUGAAAUCUACAAUACUGCAAUACAAAAAAGUAAUCUUGAUUAUACUAAUUUUUUUAGUGUAUAUGCACAAAGAUUAAACAUUCAAUUUUCCUCACUGAAAAAUGCUAUCAUAUAUGGUGCAGAAAUUAAAGAAUCAGAUUUUACAGGCAGUAAUCUCAAUAACGCUUACCUUGAUUCUUCCACUAUCAUUGACAGUAACUUUAGUAGAGUUGACCUAAGUAAUGCAAAAAUCUCUUAUGUAAGGAGCAAUUAUUCAAUCUUCUGUGAGGCUAUAAUGAAUAAUGCUCAGAUAAAAUAUUCUUAUGUUUCAAAUGUGAAUUUGAAAGACACAGCAUUAUUCGGAGCGGACCUUAGUUUUAGUGAGUUAAAUGGAGUGAAUGCCUAUAAUGCUGACAUACGCAAGGGAAAUUUUUAUCACACUAAAAUUGCAAAUUCUGAUAUGAACAACACGUUUUUUGAUCACGCACUGUUUGAUUUUACAAAACUGGAGAAUACGGACCUGUCAUUAUCUUCAAUGCAUGAUGUUAAAAUUAAAAACUCUCAGAUAUACAAUAGCACCCUUUCUAAGCAUGGAAUUGAUUCCAGUAGUAUAGAAAAUUCAAUAUUCUUCAAUUUGAUGGCCAAUAAUGCAUACUGGUCUGACUUAAAAGUAACCAACUCGAACUUUAUUGAAAGUGAUUUCAAGUACUCUUCACUACAUAACAAUAUCUUAAAAAAAACCAGCUUUUUCCUCAGCAAUUUUGAUAACUCUACCAUCAGCAAUGUAUCUUUUCUAUCAUCAAGUAUAUACAAAAGCUCAGUUAUCAAUACUAAUCUAAUAGGCUGUCAAUUCGACAAUUCAAUUUUUAUUGAGAAUACAGCACAGAACAAACUUGGAGAGUUAAAAGAUGCUAUAACUUCAAUUCAAGAGCUACAAGAUAGGGUAUCACAAGCAAGAAAAUUUGACGUAAACUAUUCCUAUUUUAAUUUCGAUAAUAUGGAUUUAAAUAAUGUUGAUUUUUCUAAUUCCAUAUUGAAUGGAGCUAAAUUCACAAACUCUAACUUAGAUAAAGCAAAUUUUGAAAAAACUGAUUUGCGCCAUGCUAUUUUUAGCAACUCUUCCCUCAUUGGUGCUAAUUUCUUAGGGGCUAAUAAACAAUAUAUCAGUUUCUUCAAGCCUGAUACUCAGUUAAAGAAGAAGAGUAACCAUGAUUAA